AUGGCCAAUGCUGCAGAUGGACAAAGGGAUGCGCGAGAGCAGCAGGCCAACUCGAAAACUCCGCUCUUGCAGCGCAAUCGCCACGAUGCCGAGCACGGUAAUGCCACCACUACUGGCGAUGCGGCGAGUCAAUCUUCCGGCAAUGAAUGGGAAAGCGACGAAGUGAAUAAUCCGCAGAACUGGAAACGAUGGUACAAAUGGACGCUGGUCAUCCUCGUCAGCUUUAUCGAGUUUCUCACGACCAUGCCGAACUUCAUGUAUGCGCCGAAUCUCACGGACGCAGAAGAAGACUUGAACACCACCAACGAUACGCUCGCAACCUUUUCUCUCACAAUCUACAUCUUGGGCUUCGCAUUGGGCCCGCUCCUCUUCGGGCCGUUAACUGAGGUAUACGGUCGAGCGCCAGUGUAUCGCUUAUGCCUGGUCGCUUUCCUCUGCAUGACCCUCGGAUGUGGCCUGGCCCAGAAUAUUGAGAUGCUCGUGGCAUUUCGCUUUCUUGCUGGAAGUUUUGGCGCUGCUCCUGUGGCGAUUGGAGGCGCUGUCGUUGGAGACCUUUUUGUGGUGGAGGAAAGAGGUCGAGCAAUGUCCAUCUACCAGGCUGGUCAAAUCAUCUCGGCCGUCGUAGGACCACCCAUUGGCGGCCUAAUCGGAGCCUAUCUGGUUUGGAGAUGGGUGUUCUGGAUUGUCUGCAUCCUGGCAGCUCUCGCGCUCAUUUGCUGCGUGUUCAUCCUCCGUGAGACGCAUCAUCAGACCUUGCAACGCAAGUUGGGCUCAAAGGGUGGGCCAGGAGAAGACGCGGCAGGCGGUCUUGCCAGCGUGCUCAAGGACGCUCUCAUGCGACCCGUGCAAAUGCUCGUCCGAUCCCCGGUCGUCUUUGCCGGCUGCAUCUUGAUCUUCGUCGUCAUCGGACUGUUGAAUGUCUUCCUGACGGAGCUGAGCAGGACAGUGCAGCAAGUCUACCACGUCAGCUCCGGCCAAUCGGGGACAAUGUAUCUCGGCCUUGCCCUGGGGUUCGUUGCUGCGUCGGUGUUGUUUGGCUUGACGAAUGAUAGAAUCAUGGCGGCAUUGACGAAGAGACAUGGAGGCGAGACAGAGCCGGAGUUCAGGUUGCCGGCGACCAUUGCUGCAAUGCCGAUCGUCGUCAUCGGGACGCUAUGGUACGGCUGGACACUCGAGCGACGAAACUCCUGGAUCGUCCCCAUUAUCGGCAGCGGCGUGGCCGGUCUAGGAAUCACCACCGUCCAACUCAGCGUGACAACGUACAUGAUCGACUCCUUCGACACCUUCUCCGCCUCGGCACUAGCAGCCGUGACGAUGGCGCGGUCCGUCGGCGGAGCCAUCUUGCCCCUUGCUGGACCGCCUCUGUUCAAGGCUUUGGGCCAGGGCUGGGGCAAUACCAUUCUCGCGGGACUCGCUGCUCUCUGCAGCGUACUUCCCGUGCUCAUGUACAUAUUUGGCUCACGGUGGAGGGCGAUGUUCUCGAGCGAGGAUUUGAUGAAUUAG